CAUAGGGUGGCCCACGACUAAGCCGCUGCGAGCAACUCCCUAAAAAAAAAAAAAAAAAAAAGGAAAAAAAGGAAAAAAAGAAAAGCCGCAUUGGAGGAGCCUGGCCGCAGGACCCCUCCUCCCUGGCGCCCCUCACCCCUCGCUCCCCCCCCACCCCCCGCUCCCGGGCGCCCGCCUCCCUCCUUCGCGGACUGUCUCCCGACUCGCCGGCUGAGAGCCCUUUUUGACUGCGAGCGGAGGUAGUGGAGCAGAGGCGGCGGCGCGGGACCUGCAGUCGCCCGGGAUUCCCUCCAGGUGACGAUGCUCUGGUUCUCCGGCGUCAGGGCUCUGGCUGAGCGUCCCUGCCGGCGCUCGCCCGGGAUUACCUGCUGCGUCUUGCUGCUGCUCAAUUGCUCGGGGGUCCCCAUGUCUCUGGCUUCCUCCUUCUUGACAGGGUCUGUUGCAAAAUGUGAAAAUGAAGGUGAAGUCCUCCAGAUUCCAUUUAUCACCGACAAUCCUUGUAUAAUGUGUGUCUGUUUGAACAAGGAAGUGACCUGUAAGAGAGAGAAGUGCCCCGUGCUGUCGAGAGACUGUGCCCUUGCCAUCAAGCAGAGGGGAGCCUGCUGUGAGCGGUGCAAAGGUUGCACCUAUGAAGGAAAUACCUAUAACAGCUCUUUCAGAUGGCAGAGUCCUACACAACCCUGUGCUCUACGUCAGUGCCAGGAAGGCGUUGUCACAGAGUCUGAGGUGCGAUGUGUUGUUCAUUGUAAAAACCCUUCCAGGCAUCUGGGAACGUGCUGCCCCACCUGUCCAGGCUGUGUGUUUGAGGGUGUGCAGUACCGAGAAGGCGAGGAAUUUCAGCCAGAAGGAAACAAAUGUACCAGGUGUUCCUGUGUUGGAGGCAGGACACAGUGCGUGAGAGAAGUAUGUCCCAUUCUCUCCUGUCCUCAGCACCUUAGCCACACUCCCCCAGGACAGUGCUGCCCCAAAUGUUUGGGUCAGAGGAAAGUGUUUGACCUCCCAUUUGGAAGCUGCCUCUUUCGCAGUGAUGUUUAUGAUAACGGAUCUUCAUUUCUCUAUGAUAACUGCACUGCAUGCACCUGCCAGGACUCCACUGUGGUAUGUAAGAAGAAGUGCUCCCACCCUGGGGGCUGCCUCAGAGGGGAGGAGACGUGUUGUGAAGAGUGCCUCCUGCGAGUGCCUCCGGAGGACAUCAAGGUGUGCAAGUUUGGCAACAAGAUUUUCCGGGAUGGAGAGAUGUGGUCCUCUGUUAACUGCACCAUCUGUGCUUGUGUGAAAGGCAAGACAGAGUGUCGAAAGAAGCAGUGUGUUCCCAUCAGCAGUUGCCCACAGGGUAAAAUUCUCAACAGAAAAGGAUGCUGUCCUAUUUGCACUGAAAAGCCCGGCGUUUGCACGGUAUUCGGAGAUCCCCACUACAACACUUUUGACGGACGGACAUUUAACUUUCAGGGGACGUGUCAGUACGUUUUGACAAAAGACUGCUCCUCCCCUGCCUCGCCCUUUCAGGUGCUGGUGAAGAACGAUGCACGCAGGACCCGCUCCUUCUCUUGGACCAAGUCGGUGGACCUGGUGCUGGGCGCCAGCACCGUCAGCCUCCAGCAGCACCUGACUGUGCGCUGGAACGGCUCGCGCAUCUCGCUGCCCUGCCAGGCGCCGCAGUUCCACAUCGACCUGGAUGGCUACCUCUUGAAAGUGACGACCAAAGCAGGUUUGGAAAUAUCCUGGGAUGGAGACAGUUUUGUUGAAGUAAUGGCUGCCCCCCAUCUCAAGGGCAAGCUCUGUGGUCUUUGUGGCAACUAUAAUGGACAUAAGCGUGAUGACUUAAUUGGUGGAGAUGGAAACUUCAAGUUUGAUGUGGAUGACUUUGCUGAAUCCUGGAGAGUAGAGUCCAAUGAGUUCUGCAACAGACCUCAGAGAAAACCAGUGCCUGAACUGUGUCAAGGGACAGUGAAGGUAAAGCUCCGAGCUCAUCGAGAAUGCCAGAAACUCAAAUCCUGGGAGUUUCAGACCUGCCACUCAGCUGUGGACUAUGCCACUUUCUACCGGUCCUGCGUGACAGACAUGUGUGAAUGUCCAGUCCAUAAAAACUGUUACUGUGAGUCAUUCCUGGCGUAUACCCGGGCCUGUCAGAGAGAGGGCAUCAGUGUCCACUGGGAGCCUCAGCAGAAUUGUGCAGCCACCCAAUGUAAGCACGGGGCUGUGUAUGAUACCUGUGGUCCAGGAUGUGCCAAGACCUGUGACAACUGGAAUGAGAUCGGUCCAUGCAAUAAGCCAUGCAUUGCAGGCUGCCACUGUCCAGCAAAUUUGGUCCUUCACAAGGGAAGGUGCAUCAAGCCAGUCCUUUGUCCUCAGCGGUGACCUUUGUUCUGCUCUUAAGACUUUGAAACCUGGUGUCCUUGACACUGAAGUGGAAGAGCCAAUGAAGGACUGCAGUAUUUGUGUGCUGAUUCUUCACAUACACACACAGAGAGUAUAUAUGUGUACAUAUAUAGAUAUAUAGAUAUAUUCAGAAACAUUUCAUCAUUUAUAUAAACUAUAGGUGGAUUAUUAUAUGUAUAUUUUUUGCUAUAAGACGUGUAUUAUUUCUAGGAUCCUAACCUGUAAGCCAUUGGAAUCAUUGUAUAAAUAAACCAGGUGUUGGUAAUUUAAUAAGGCAGCAUGCAGACAUAUUGGAUGGCUUUAACAUCACAUACAUUUGUCAUUUUUAAGAAGUUUUCUAAGAAACCCAAAUUGCCUGCCUGCAUUAAUUUUAGCUUUGAAUCAAGACUUGCAGUUUAGUGGAAAAUGUGUUUCUCUGGAGAAGGGCAAAGUUAUCCAGGGGCAUUUCAUGCUUCCAAGGAGAGGAAUGUAUGCCUGAGAGAGAUGGCUGGUGAUUGGUGACAGGCCCUAAUGGUGCAUGGAAAGCAAGGGAUAGGUUGUUAGACUUUCUUGGGUCAUGGUCCAAUAUUAUUUCCAAAACCGAUUGGCUAGUUGCCAAGAAAUAUAUAUUUGUCAGUCGAGCAUAGCCAAAGACUUGAAUGGUUUCUUGCCAUCUUUGCAUACUCUUUGAGUCACCUAAUUAUAAAUGUGUGUAUGAUGGAUGUCCAUUUAUAUGUCACAGUGAGAUUAAAAAAUGUUUGGGUGACAUGUUAGUUUUAUUGAGCAUGAGCAGAUAUUUGGAGAAACUUUUGCACAACAUGUGAGAAAGUAACCAUUUCUUUGAAUCUUAGAGCAAUUUAGAAUGGGCAAAUAUAAUAAGUUGAUAUAAGCCAUCUACCUUGUGUGACUAUUCCAUGUGUAAAAUGAAAAUCACUAAUUCCAGAGGAUCCUAGUCCAGUGCUAUUUGGAGACUGUUAGUAUGUCAUAAUUAUUAUGCAGAAAGCCUUUACUGACCAGUUGAUUUAACAUCAGGCCAAACAAAGACUGGUCUCUGUACUUGCUCUAAUUUACUGGUAGUUUACUACUGGUCAUCAUGUGAGCUUCCUGAAUUUUGUUUUCAGUUAAUAAGUGAAAAUGUCAACAAAACAAAAUUUACUGAUGUCUAAAAAUACUAUGUUCUACAGUGUAGUAAAUAAAGGGCUUAAUAUUUAAAACAAUGUAUUUUCUCUUCCAAGAUGUGCUGUGUUAUACUUCAUAAGUAAACCAUAUCAACUUGGGGCUCAUCAAUUUUAUAACGGCUUUAUUUAGACAUAUUUUAUGUAACCUACAAUACUUAAUUUUUAUAGAGUACUAUUAAUAGAGAAGAGAAAAUCCCCAAAUUUUUGACAAUCAGUAUGUUGCCAUUGCCUGUCAUGCAUUCAUGACAGCUCAAGUAUUAAUUUGGAUUCUUUGCUGGGACAUCUCCAGCUGUUUGAGUAAACUGAAUAAAGCACAGAGUAUAAUACUGACUGGCUGGGACACCAGAAAAUGUCAUUGUUGUUGUUUUCCAUGGGUCCUAAAUAUCUUAAUAUCUGGAACCCAAGGUAGCCUGGUCAUUGCUUUAGUGCUACAUUUGGAAAGAGAGCUUUUUAGGGGACUUAGGUUCCAAAUGUAGUUGUGACCUUCUCCACACUGUUUAAGCAUUUGGAGCCACACUUUUGCUCAUCUGUAACACAAAGAGGCUGGGUAGCAUAUGAGCAAGGUUAAGAAUCAAGAAAACUAGACACCCUGCCUCUCAUGGGAUUACUUGCACAGAGAUCUGAGACAAUUGGAGUUUACAAAACUCUUAUAUUUAUAAUCUCAUGUAUUUCCCCCUGUACUGAAAGGAAGGAUAGGGCAGAUCAGUGGACCUCUUCUGAUUGGUUCCUUUUUAGAUCAUCUUUAAUUCUUUUAGAUUAUCUUUAAAUUCCUUUCCAUUUCACACUGAGUUUUUGCUUUAUGAAAGAGGGACCACAGAAGGGAAAAUUGUGGAUGGUUAUUUACUGCUCAUGAUUCAUCCAAGGAGUGAGUGAUGAUUAAUAGCCCCUAUCCCAGCAUUUUCAAUCACGUCUGACCAUGGUGAAUGAGAUGAAGACUCUUCCUCAUGGACCAACUCUGGCAAUUUGGGUGGCUUGAUUACAAGUUUGUGUGAUGUGUUUUUAUUCAUGGCUAGUUUAAAUAUUGUAAACUUUUUUCGUUCCUAAUUCUAGAAGAAAGAGAAGGCAGAAAGGGCAGAGGGUUAUUCAUGCCUACUAAUCCAAGUAGGCAGCUCUGUGAUGGGGAAGUAUGGUGAAAUGAGUCGAAUGGUCUGUUUGCCAUGUUCUGGUUUUGGCCAUGGCUAUAGAUGAGCAAUGAUUUUAUCGAAUGAUUGACCAGAAUGGAGAUUAACCAAAUGCUUCAAUGGUAGUGGCCUCAUCUUAUUUACGUAUUUUCAAUGGGAUCUCAAGGCCAAACUCCUGCAGGGUUAGAGAACUGGAAAUGAAUAUUAAUAUAUAUGUAUCCCAGUAAUUCAUGUUGGUGACACAGUAUAUAUAAAAUUAAAAGAUGGGCUAAUAUCACACUAUUUACAUGUAUAAAAUCCUUAUUUUAACUAUGCUAUUAGCUAUGAAUAUUGAAUUUGAUGAGGGACAAAUGCCCUUGAGGAAGAACAAGCACAAUUAUGAUUCCAAUUGCAUGUAGCUUGUGCUCAGUAAGAGGAAGUCCUUUCCUGUCUCCCUGUGAAAAUAGGAAUUUUAGAGAUUUUGAACUAAAAGUUUUGAACUUGGAAGAAAUAUGAAUAUUGGAUGUUGACAACAGCAAUUAUUGGUGAAAAAGUUGAGAAUCAUCAACUCUUCAGGUGGAAGGUCUCCCCCUAACUUGUUGAGUAUUGCCUGAGUAUCUGACCACCAGCUUGUAAAGGCCAUCUCCUGAUGAGAUGUGAAGAGCCCAGUGGUUGACUCCUCCCCAGCUUUUGUUGACCAUUGAUAACCUAUUUUGACUGGAAAACUUUUUCUUAUUAUAAAAUGUUUCAGACAUAUAAAAAGACAUAGAGAAUAAUGUAAACACCCAUGAAUACAUUACCGUAAUUAAGAAAAAUAACCUGGUAGGUAGUCAAUAAAUUUUUCUUACA